AUGGCAUUGUCAUUCUUCUCCCCACAACGCAACGACGACGAUCUUCCGUCUUCGUCUUCAUCCUCGCCUUAUCGGUCUCUUCCCCGCCGAGUUGGCCAUGGUCAUGGCUGUGCUGAGUCUGAUAGUGAAAACAAGCUACAGCUUGGACAUGAUCGGCUGGCGAAUGAUGUCCAACAUCUAACGAUCACCAACAUUGAUCCUAGCUCGCCAGAGACGACGGGAUCCUUCUCUUGGCCCAGCAGUGCUGGGCCUGAACAGCCUUUGCUGCAUUCCGUCGUGGGAGAAGGAGAUUAUCAUGUAGAUGGCGUGUCUAUUUCUCCCUCCUUCCCUCGGUCGCUGAUAUGGCGCGCCAGACUUUGGGCUUUGUGGUUGCAGAACAAGGGCAUGGUCCUUGUGAUGCUGUCGCAGUUCUUCGGGGCGUCGAUGAAUGUCAUGACGCAGAUUCUCGAGGUGAAUGGAUCUCAUGGUCCGGCUAUGGAUCCCUUUCAGAUUCUCUUUGCCCGGAUGUCCAUCACGGUUGCCGCUAGCUACCUCUACAUGUGGUACGCCAAGGUCAAGCAUCCGUUUGGUACUCGCCCUGUCCUAGGGCUUUUAGUUAUGCGGGCAGCGUGCGGCUUCUUCGGUGUCUACGGACUUUAUUACUCGGUCCAGUAUAUGGCUCUGUCCGAGGCUACGGUCCUGACCUUCCUGUCGCCCAUUCUUAGUUGCUACGCAUGUUCCUUCUUCAUGGCUGGAGAGACAUUUACACGGCAGCAACAGAUUGCGGGCCUCGCUUCCUUGCUGGGAGUCGUAUUGAUAGCACGACCCUUCACUUCCUCUGGGGCUCCUGGAGAAGUCGAUCCGACCCCGCCUGAUGAAGCGAGUGCCAGUGGUGGUGAGCCCAAUUCUGCGGACGUCUACCACCAUGUGCUGGCCAUUGGCAUCGCUCUUAUCGGGGUUUUGGGUGCCUCAUUCGCGUACAUGGCCAUCCGCAUAAUCGGAAAGCGUGCCCACCCACUCGUAAGUGUCACAUACUUCUCAGCAUGGACAUUGAUUAUCUCCACGGUAGCAUUGGUAGCAGUGCCUUCGGUGCCGUUCCGGCUGCCACGCAGCUUGGAGGAAUGGGGACUGCUCCUGGGGUUGGGAAUCUGUGGGUUUAUCCUGCAGUUCCUGUUGACAGCAGGGCUUUCGUACGUUCCGCCACCUCCCCCGGGCGCCAAGGCUUCCGCCCAUGGGUCCCGCGCAACGUUUAUGCUGUACACGCAGAUGCUCUUUGCACUGCUUUACGACAAAGUGAUCUGGGGCAGCACGCUUUCACCGCUGAGCUGGGCGGGAUCGUGUCUGAUCCUGGGGUGUGCAGUGUAUGUUACCGUGGUGCAGGAUGGUAGUCCUAGCCAGCAGGAUGAGCAAACUGCAGGGGAAGGCUACAAGGACGAUAUCCCAGGCGAACAUCGGCUGGAAGGCCGCGAGUGA